CUUCAGCGAGUCCGCAUCCCCGUGCCAAACCGUUUCUAACGUACAACGUGACUGGAAGCGCGUCAACGUUCGAAAUAUUACUCAAUACAGUGAUUUCGUAAACAUUUUGGCCGCACGUCAAGAGUGGUGUGAGAGACAUACGUGUGUUUGAGGUUCCUUUAUGAAGAUGAGGGACAGUUGGGGAUCCUGCGCCGACAGCGCCGAGCUCAAGAUGCUGGACAAGUCCACGCUCGGCGGCAGCUGGGAGAGUGUGAUCUCCCGUGACGACUACGACGUGGACUACAGCCCGCGCGUGUCGCCUCUGAAGGACACGUCCAACUUGGAGGAGGCUCCGUACUGCAUCAGCCGGCACAACCCCAACCGGACCUUCAGGAGGGAGUCGGUGAUCGCCAGCUGGAGGAACCUGAAGAAGGAGCGGGAGCAGGCGCUGGGCAAGCGCUUCGUCAUCGUCAACUCCGAGAACUACGAGGACUACUACGGAAGGAACAAAGUGAAGCGGUGCAAGAGCGACCGCUCGGCCGCGGCGCCGCGGGUACCUAAGAAAGUGAAGAGGACCUACUCGGUGCUGUACAGAUACGACCCUACUGAGGAAAAGGUCGUAAAAGAAUACAAGUACCAGCCGGCGGCGCUGCCAGAGCAGGAUCUCCCGAUGCUGCCCAUCAUCAGAUGCCGGUCGGAGCCGUUUCUGGUGCCUCAGAAGAAGACGAAGAAGGUGAAGAGGUCGUUCACGACGCUGCUGAGCAUCAAGACCAAGUUCCUGAAUAUCUUCGCGCCGAAGAGUUAAGUUGAGUGGAGUGUGUGCUGGAUAUUUGCUCAAUUUGUUUCAUUUCGACUUUGCCUGCGCGCGCGCCGGUGAUGUUGAAGGUCUGGAAAGUUCUAGUCAAAGUGUCGCGGAGACUCGAAGGAGAGCAGUGACGUACUUCUCAGUUUUGCCACGUCAAUAUUUUCCGCAAGAAAGACUUGGAAAGAUCAAUAGAUAUUGAUUUAGUGUAUUUUGACGUACCAAUUGUAUUUAUAUUUGUAUAGAUUUUUAAGGAAUAGUUUGUAAGUUGUGAUCGUAAACAAUAAUUGAGUAUUGUGAAAUUGUGCAAUCAGUAGAGCGGUUGUUGAGAUUAUGGGCUAUGUCAAACUGUUAACGAUUGUUGGUUUAUGAUGAUGAUGAAGAUCGUUAUGAUUAAAAAUUGUAAAUCAAUACAUUUUAGUAUUGCUUAUUCAAAGAAGUGGCAAUUAUAAAUAGUAUCAUACUAUUCAUAUUUUGCCCUUAUUAAUUAAAGUCAGCUCUAAAAAACAUUAAUCAUUCAUGGUUAAUUCAUAAUAUUGUACAACACUAUGUAUUACAAUAACGGUUUACGUACUCAAGUGUAUGGUCUCAUUCCUCUUUAUCUUAAGAAUUAGGAUUAUAUAAUUAAUAAACAUUAUUUAAUAAUUUUUACACAA